UAAUCGUCAUUAAAUUUGCAACCUUUCACUGACAGCACACCACCCAUCAGUUAGUAUAAAAAGAAAAAAUCCAUCUGAUUGCACCAUCAGUACCAAAAAGUUCUUCGUCACAAGCAUAUAACAUGAUAUUUCUGAGUGCAAAUUUGCUUCUGGCCUUCGUUGUGGGAACAUCCAGCUCUGGUUUCGUCAGAGGUUACGGCGAAGGAGUUUCUGCCAGCCAGACGUUCGAUCACGGACAAGGUUACGGACAAGGAACCGAAUUGCAUAGCGGCAGCGGACACGGUUCCGAGAUCGACGCCGGUACCGGCAGCUACGAGUCCGGAAUUGGUGGAGGUUCGACACACGGCGGCGACUUCGAGACCAAACACUUGGAGGAGCACGUUAGCAUCCCGACGCACACCAUCGAGCACACGAAACCGGUGCCGGUGCCCGUUUACAAGAAGAUCGGCGUGCCAGUUCCGCAUCCGGUGGGAGUACCGGUGCCGCAAGUCAUCAAGGUGCCAGUACCGCAACCCUAUCCCGUUCACGUUCCGGUACCACAGCCGAUCGCGGUUCCCAUCUACAAAUUGGUGCCGCAGGAGAUUGAGAAGAAGGUUCCGAUUACCGUGCAUAAGAUUGUGCCCGUGGAAGUGGAGAAGCCGUAUAAAAUAGAAAUCGAGAAGCACCAUCUUCAGUACGUGGAAAAGCCGUACCCAGUUCACGUGCCGGUCUACAAACAUGUCUACCAUCAUGUGCCAAAACACGAAGGUGGUGGCGGAGGUCACGGAUGGCAUUAGGGCAUCUUAGAAUAUUAGUUGUUGUUGAAUUUUAUUUAUGAUUUGUUGUACAUUAUUAAUUGUUGUUUUAUACUUUCUCAUUAAUCAUUUCCUAGUCCAUCAUCAUCAAUCAUCAUCAUCACCACCAGCAUCAUCAUCAUUAUUAUCACCAUAGUUUCGUCAUUAAUGUUUUUAAAAUAUUGUUACUAUUUUUCUA